CACCGGUCCACCUUGGAAACAUGGGAUUCCUACCAAUGUCCACCAGUGGCAAGCCCUGUGACUCGCAGGCCAUUUUUCUUUCGAACUACGUGACCACCCGAAGCUACGUGACCACGACUUCGGACGCUGCCGUCCGAAGCUCACCUGGAUUCGUGGCUGAUUGGAGCCCAGACCCUUUGGAGGACCGGCUGCGUGGUUGGGGAGCGGAGCGGACCGAGGAUAUUUGGGUUGCACCGGUUGCACCUGAAUCCGAGACGCCCAAAGAUGGCGCUUGCCGCAAGGUUGCCCUCCUGCAGAAAGCACGAAAGGCUCCACGGAAGUCAUUUGGUGGCAGAAGCAAGGCUACGAGGCACAUGAGCCGAACAGUCCAUUUGGCCAGAAGGGCUUCUUCCUCGCAGCUAAAGCGAGGCUUGCAGCUUCGAAAGGUCAUCAUCAAGAGGAGGGAACAUCGGUCGCAUGGUUUGAAUGGCUUCGCCAAUGGCUUCGCCCGUUUCAAGAGAUUGACAACCCGAGGGUGUCGCAUCGGUCGCGUCAGAGUAAGAGAAAGGGGCUUGCGGAGAUGA